AUGUCGAAUUUCUAUCGUCACCUUUUACGAUUUCGUUCUGGUUAUCUAUGUCAAACAAUGGAAGAUAUAAUAAGCAAUCCUCAGUCCAUAACAGCAGCGAAUAGUCAACGGCAAUCAGCAUCACCAGUUGAAGAUUUCACUCAGCAAACACAAUCACCGACACUGGAUAGAAAACAAGUCUCAACAAGAACUAUCAACAGCAAGAUUUCAGGGCUCCACUGGAGUCCUGGAGUCUGCUGUUCUCCCUUGGAGAAAAAUUUACAACAGAAAUUGAUCGGAGGAGUUCGAGUAUGUGCUCAAACAAGUGGUAUUCAUUAUGAAAGUCAAUUACCAUUGCAAAAUAUCCGUACAAUCGAAUUAUCAAUUCUUUAUAAUGCACGAUAUCAAUGUGUUGAUCCUCAGUGUUCACCAAUUACAAUUAUUUCUGUGUCGAAUUUCAAAAACUGUGAAAUGGCUUGUUUAGAUAAUAUUAAUUGCCGAACAGCUAUUUUUAAUGAAUUAACUGGCUCAUGUGAAAUGUUUACUGAUAUUAUCAGACAAUAUGGACAAAUAAUAAAUGAAGAAAAUUUUGUGACUAUAACUACAAUCGAUGAGAGAUCUUUGACAGCUGUCCUUCAAAGAAAUUGGAUAGUUAAUGGUGACGGAGAAACUGGCCCAUGUACAUCAGAUAAUGUUGUUUUAAAUCCAACUGAUUGGAACUGUAAUGGAACAGUAACUCAAGAAUAUUAUAAUAGUACAUACUCAUUUCAAUUUUUGACAGAUCCAGGACCAGAUGAUCGCGGUAAUUGCCAUUUCUAUGGUCAAGCCAGUGCCUCGACCACAAUGUGGCAAACAAGAAAUUUCACAAGCUUUUUUCAUCCUUUAAUUGAUAAUCAAACACUUUCGUACAAUUUUUCGGCUUGGAUUGGUGGUUUGAAUAGUCAAGAUGAUACUGGUCGAGUCUCACUAACGUUUUUCGAUGGAUCUGAUCAGACGAUUGGGAACAGUAUAACCAUUGGACCAGUUUUAGCUUCAGAUCGUAAUGGUAUAACUUCGCUAAUUUUUCGACAAGCAACUGGGCUUGUGCCAGUUGGUACUCGUUCUUUUCAAGUUUUUGUUGAGUUUAUUCGUGCGAUGGGCACUUCUAAUAAUGGUGUCAUUGAUAAUAUUUCUUUUAUCUUAUAUCAAUGA